GGACGAACAAUGUAUUUUAUCAAUUGAUGUUUAUAAUAUACCAAUUCUAUUGAGGGUGUGGGCGUGGACUGAGAUCUGAUGAAAACACCCAUACCCUUCAGUGCACUACUUCUAGAGAAUUCUCAAGUGAAUGAUUCGUUUUUGGGAACAAAAACAUUAUAUUGGAUAUCUAGAGGCAUAAUUUGUCGAGUUCUAGUGACUAUUAUUAUAUUAGCUUUUAAUUUUGUGCGCUUCAAAUUCUAAGAGAAAAAAUUAUGAUUAUACAUAUACAACGAAUACGUAGGAAAUGUUGCAUCAGGCAUUUAUUUUGACCUCAACAAAUAUUAAAGAAGUUCUCGUUCUAGGUAACUGAGAUUGCUCUAUCUAACAAUAAAUACAAAUCUUGAAUUUAAACACUGUCAUUUGUUUAUAUUCUUAGAACCAAAUGGUACGACGGUCAUGCCACACAUCUAAAAUCAAUUAUUUUUAUUUAUAUCAACAGUAAGAGUCCGUAACAGCGACCUCAUGGCAAAUAUAACUGUUCUUAUCAAUUCAAAAUAGGGCGCUGGGAGAUGAAGGGUAUUAUUUUUCACUUAAUAAAGGACUCACAUUCUUACUUUGAAAUUACUUGGGACCAAACGAGAAUCAAUUAUAGAAUAGUAAUUCCUUCAUAAUUGUAUCGUAUUCUGUUUCUCACUUACACCAUAAGCUUGCUUAUUUCUCAAUGUAUUUAAGUUGUACUAGCUUUGUUUAGAACGCAUUAUUAAACGGUACUAAACUAUAGUCCAAAUGAAAAUGUUUGGCACGUGUACUAUUUUAUUAUUAUUUUUUCUCAUCGAUACAAUUUCUACUGCGGCAGUAACUACGUUUCCCAGAGCAACUGGCAAUGUUACCUAUACGAAUGCGCGUGUUCUUGCUCAGAAUGAAAUAUUUGAUGGUGCAAUGAGAAGAUUCGACCGAGGAAGAGGUGCUUGCAAACAACAAGUAGAAGGCGGCAAAGCAGAUGCUGUUUUCAUCUUAGAGAAUGGUGCAACAUUAAAGAAUGUUAUUAUCGGUCCUGAUCAAGCAGAAGGUGUUCACUGUCAAGGAUCUUGCAAUAUCAUCAAUGUUUGGUGGGAAGAUGUGUGUGAAGAUGCACUUACCAUUAGACAAAUUUCCGGAACUACAAGAAUCACUGGUGGUGGUGCCAAGAGUGCACAGGAUAAAGUCAUCCAGCACAAUGGGGGAGGAACCAUCAUUGUCACCGACUUCUACGUUCAAGAUUUUGGUAAACUUUGGAGAUCAUGUGGGAACUGUGGAACUCAAUAUCCACGCCACUUACAAUUGAACGGUGUCAUUGCAAAGAACGGAAAAGUUCUCGCCGGUGGAAAUGGAAACUACAAUGAUACCGUCAGGAUCUCGAACACAUGUGCUACAAACGUCAAUUCUAUCUGCGACACUUACAAGGGUUGUAACAAUGGUUGUGCACCAGCCAAAAUUUCAUCAGGCCCUUCGAAUGUCUGCCUGUAUAGAACAACGGAUAUCCGAUGUUAA